AUGGCGGGCGCCGCGCGACUGUCAAGCGGACGGCGGGCGCUGGCGCGGCGGCUGACGCAACGCGACCUCUUUGUCCGGCCCCACGGACUCCCGCGGAAUGUCCGCGGAGCCGGCCCCGCUCCGCGCUCGACUAAUUACGAAUGUCAAAUGUUAUCGCACGCAACCGUCCGCCGCGCCGUCCGCACUCCGCUGCGCCGCUCUUCA